AUGCUAGCCACCAAAUGUUCGAGCAAAGUCUUGACGGGAUCCAGGGGUGGUGGAUCGGUGGCCAGUGAGAUUACCGGAUCUGUAACCACCGUCGCCGUAUCUGACCACCGGCUUUGGUUGCCUCCUCGGUCGGUCGUUGAACUUCUGGAUAUCGACCGCCCGCACCUCUUCCUCCGAGAACGGCUCAAAGAAUCUAAAAGCCAAUAUGAAAUCCCAGAUGCAGAAUCCAUUUCAGUUUUUAUGGAUCAAGUAUCCGAUCUCAUCAAACUUGUAGAUUCGAGGAAUAUUGUGGAGUUGCAGCUUAAGCAUUUAGACUGCAAGCUGGUUAUAAGGAAAAAGGAAGCACUGCCACAACCUUCAACUUCAGCUCCAGUAUUUUACGCCCCACCUCCUACCCCGCAGGCUACAUUUUCACCUACAACAAAUGUACCAGCUCCUGCUUCGUCAACACCUUCACCUCCAGCAUUACCGGCUCCAGAAAAGCCAAAGUCUUCACAUCCCCCAUUCAAAUGUCCAAUGGCUGGAAACUUUUAUCGCUCUCCUGCACCUGGUGCUCCUCCUUUUGUGAAGGUCGGAGAUAAGGUCCAGAAAGGACAAGUAAUAUGCAUUAUCGAAGCUAUGAAACUGAUGAAUGAUAUUGAGGCUGAUCAGUCCGGCACUGAGGUUGAGAUACUAGCUGAGGAUGGGAAACCUGUCAGUGUGGAUACGCCUUUAUUUAUCAUCGAGCCAUGAGGAUCCCAGAUUAUUGUGGAGGACCAUCCUUAAAGUAAGAGUAUGAUAUUUUUCAGCCUUCUUGGGACAUUUACGACGAAAUCAUGACAAGCAUGCUUUCAUAGCUAAGUCGUCACUGUGUCGCCGCGGUUCUUAUAUAUUUGAGAACAACACAUUUUCUGCUACAUAAAAUGUGCUAUAAAGUCACAGUGGCCUCUUGUUCUCUCUAUGUUAACCUUGGUUUAUCACUAAACUCCAUGGAGCUGAAUGUUAAUAGUGUUUUUAUUUGGUUUCUUCUCUCCUUUU